UUGCUCCCCUCCAUCAUCUCAUAAUUAGCACAACAACACCUUAGUUCACACGUUUUCUCUCUCUUUCUAUCUGUCUCAAUGUCUUUCUCUAUGUUUCAUUGAAUUUUAUUUUUCUUUUUAAUUUCUUCUUCUUCAUAGUUAUUUUUUUUGUUUUUUAUAUUUUGUUCUCUUGGUCCUUUGCAUCAUGGAUUCCAUGUCUUCUAGUAAAAGAAGAAACACGGUUUGCAUGUUUUUGACUCUCUCACGUUGUUGUAGUUAAUAUUAAGAUCUCAAUAUCAAUAAUUAAGGACCAAGGGAAUAUCCAAAAAAAAAAAAAAGAAGAAGAAAAAAUGUUGCAGAGAGCCGCAAGCAAUGCAUAUUCAUGGUGGUGGGCUAGCCACAUCAGAACAAAACAAUCAAAAUGGAUGGAGCAAAACCUUCAAGAUAUGGAGGAAAAGGUGCAGAAUGCUAUAAAACUCAUAGAGGAAGAUGGAGACUCAUUUGCAAAGAGAGCAGAAAUGUAUUACAAAAAGAGACCAGAACUGAUAAACUUUGUGGAAGAAACAUACAAGGCUUAUCGAGCAUUAGCCGAACGAUAUGAUCACAUAUCAACAGAGCUGCAGAAUGCCAACAACACCAUUGCUUCUGUCUUUCCAGAUCGAGUUCCAUUUAUGGAUGAAGAAGACGAGGAGGGAUCGCCGAGGGCUCCAAGAAAAAAUAUACCAGAAGGAUUUAAAACAAAUAUUCCAAAGCCUCCACUUAAAGACUUAAAAAGCGUCGUAACAGCAGCCACGAAGAAAUUCAAUACCAAAAAGAAUACAACAGGUGCUGCUGCUUCUAAUGUUCCUAAAUCUGGAUUGAGCAGAAAGGAAGCAGUUGAAGAGGUUGACAAGCUGCAGAAACAGAUUUUAGCCUUACAGACUGUGAAGGAGUUUGUGAAAAGCUCAUACGACAAUGCCAUUUCUAGGUACUGGGAAACUGAGGAGAAGAUCAAGGAAUUACAAGAGAAAGUUUCUCUUCUGCAAGAUGAACUUGGAGAAGGCAUUGUUAUUGAAGACGAUGAAGCACGGCGUUUGAUGGCAGAAGCUGCUCUUAAAUCAUGCCAAGAGACAUUAGAAGAGUUGCAGGUGAAACAAGAAAGAUCAGUUGAUGAAACCAGAGUUGAAUCCAAAAGGAUAAAAGAUGUUAAGGCCAAAUUAGGCUCUCUCAUGAAUGAGUUCAAUUAUGAUCAAAGGAAUUCCAAAGAGGCAAGGACUAAAAGAGAUGUGAAUAUGGUAAAAGAAACAAAGGAGUUGGAAAAAGAAACAAAGGAAUUGGAAAAAGAAACAAAGGAGUUGGAAAAAGAUAAGGGUAGUGUGACUCAACAGAUAAAGGAUUUGCAGUUAUUACAGGAAACUGUUAAAGAGCAGUUUGAGACAACGGAAAUGGCGGAGAAGAUCGAUGUGCUAGUGAACAAAGUGAUAAGCUUGGAAACUGCAGUUUCAUCUCAGACAGCACUAGUGAAUAGAUUGAGAACAGAAACCGAUGAACUUCAAGACCAUAUUCGAACUCUUGAGUGCGAUAAGGAAAGUCUGAUCAAUGAUAAAAUUAAAUUGAAUGACCAAUUGAGAGAAAUGGAACAAAAGAUGCUUGCAGUACAAGAUUUAAACCAAAUCGUUGAAGAUCAGAAUAGCAAUCUCCAAACUCAUUUUACCGAAGCGCGUUGUAAUAUCGAUAGCCUCUCGGAGAAAGUCCAAAGUGUGCAGCCAGGUGAGGAGGUUAAGUCACAGAUGCAAAAGGAUUCAUCAGGCUUGGUUGAAUCAAAAUCUAAACCUGAAGGGAAAGUUCCAUUGAAUCAAGACAACGUUGUUCUAUCGAACAAUGUAAAGAAGUCGGAAAAGGAAGAUAGUGGUUUGUUAGAAGAUCCUGUAAAUUCAGAAGAGGAGGUUAAGAUUGCUAAUACUGUAGAAAAUGAGGUAACAACUGGUUCAUCACAAAAUGGUGUAGAGACAGAAAAUAACAGUAAGGUCCUUAGUACCUUAGAAAUGGAGGGAGUAACCUCAAAAGAAGAAGAGAAGAGUCUUAAUCCUGUCAAUACAGUUUCAUGUAUGACAGUUGGAGUUGAUGAGAAAGAGAAGGCAGCAACAGAUGAUGAACCUGAUUGGCGAGAAAUGUAUAUGAAUGGAAUGCAGGAUAGAGAAAAAGCUCUUCUAACUGAGUACACUAAUACUCUUCGGAAUUACAAAGAUGUGAAGAAGAAACUAUCCGAAAUAGAGAACAAUAAUGAAGACAAACACUUGGAUUCUUCUUUGCAAUUGCAGUUGAAUGAACUGAAGACUUCAAAUUCCUUGAAAGAUCAAGAGAUAAGACUUCUGCAUCAGAAACUUAGUCUCGUGCAGAUAACCUUGGAGGGAAAUGAAAACAUGGCUGACUCAAAUUCAGUUCUGUCACAACAAGAACAAGACAUAGAGAAACUUCUGAAAAUUGAACAACCUGCAUCUACAUCGGCUAUUGAAGAGAAAUUCCGGGGAAAUAUGGACGAAAUUCUAGAGGAGAAUUUAACUUUCUGGUUAAAAUUCAGUACAACUUAUGCUGAAAUAAAAAGGUUUGAAACCACUAUAAAAGAUUUGUAUUCGGAGGUAUCGAAACUUGAGGUAAAAGAAAAGUCUUCAGAAAGUAGUGGUAGCAUAAACCAUUGUCUAAAAUCAGACGCACGGCCGAUAUACAAACACCUGACAGAGAUUCAAAAUGAAAUAACAGUCUGGUUGGAGAAAAGUGCCUUGCUGAAAGAAGAGCUACAACAUAGAUUCUCGUCUUUGUGUGUCAUCCAAGAGGAUAUAACAAAUGCAUUGAAAGCAAGUGCUGAAGAUGAUGAUUUCAGGUUCACAAGCUAUGAAGCAGCCAAGUUCCAAGGUGAGGUUUUGAACAUGAAACAGGAAAACAAUAAAGUUGCUGAUGAACUUCAAGCAGGUCUAGAUAUUGUAACAUCUCUUCAACUUGAAGUUGAAAAGGCACUUGUCAUUUUGAAUGACCAAUUUGGGUUGUCAACUUCAAAGAGACAAGAAAGUGGACAACUAAGACAAUCCGAAACUCGAGCCAGGGUUCCUCUCAGGUCAUUUAUCUUUGGCGUGAAACCCAAGAAACAAUCCAUAUUCUCAUGCAUGACCCCUGGAAUGCAUAGGAAGUUCAAGUCUACCAAGGAUCAGAGUCAUAUAUAAAAUAUUUUCCUAGUUUUAUAUUGUUUUCAUUCCAUACUAGAUAGGGGAUUGAGAGUGUCUUUUGAGAUGCAUUUUUUACUUGUCCAUAACUGUAAGCAGGAAGUAUGGCAAAAUGUAGUCUUUGGUUUACUUGUGUGUUUUAAGCUCUCCUUUUCUACAUAUAUCAAUCAAUUACUCCUUUUUCUGUCUUGGAAA